GAUCUUAAAGAAGAAGAAACGAGCUCUGUGCGCAGGUUUCUGCGCAGGUUAUGAACGCGUGUUGGUGCAGUGUUUUCUUUUACAUUAACUCUUGAAUCUCAAUAAAUGUUCAUCUAAAUAUGCCACCAAAGGGAAAAGGUGGAAAGGGCGGUAAAGGAGCAGCUUCAGGAAGUGCAGACGCUGACAAAAAAGAGAAAGCACCAAAGGGAGGCACUGCUGUGAAGGUUCGACACAUCCUCUGUGAAAAACAUGGAAAAUGCAUGGAGGCAAUGGAGAAACUGAAGGCUGGAGUCCGUUUCAGUGAAGUAGCGUCACAAUACAGUGAAGACAAAGCGAGACAAGGAGGUGAUCUCGGGUGGAUGACGCGGGGAUCGAUGGUUGGACCUUUCCAGGAUGCAGCAUUUGCCCUCCCUAUCAGUUCCAUGGAUAAACCAGUCUACACAGACCCUCCUGUCAAAACAAAGUUUGGGUACCACAUCAUUAUGGUGGAGGGGAAAAAGUGACGUGGGGUGGCUCAACACUUAUAAGGCAAAUUAUACACUGAUAUAUUGUGAAACUGAUUGUUUCCGGAUCUUACCGUUUCAAUACAAUGUUUGCUUUUUAAUUUACAGAGUGUGUAAGAAUAGAAAAAUGAAGUGAUCUUCCGGUGUCAGCUUUGUCUUGACACCUGAACACAUUGUACACCUCCUUACUGACAAUUCAACCUGAGGGAAUAUUCUUACAUGCUUAACUUUUACUAUACAUAAUUCAUUGUAUUUCUGUUUCAGUUUGAUAAAUUUGGUGUUAAUCAAACCACAAACGGCCAAAUAAAUGUAUUUUCAAUCAAAUAG